GGCUAUAGUCCACUCCAAUACAUCUAUGGUUUUUCAUCUACACUUCAAAGCCUACCGUUGUGUCAUUUUUCCAUCUUGCGCGCGCUCACACAGACGCCCAACCAAAUACUUCACAGUCUGAGAUGGGAGAAAAGGGGAAAAAUCUGGUGUUUCUAGGAGCAGGAGCUCUGCUGGGUUCUACUGCUACAAUUGCUAUUUUGAAGCUGCUAAAGGCCAGGCGGGGUGGAAGGAAAUGUACUAUUGUGGAGACGAAUGAAUUGAACAGUAUGGCGGCUGAAUCGUGCAACCGUAAGGUCUUGGAGGAUGUGAACCAUGGACUUGCAGGUCCUGACCUGCUAAUUGAUGAAAUUGUGUCUGAACAAUUAACAAGGAACAUUCAGUUCUUUGGCUUGGAAAACCAGAAAAAAGUGGUGUCUUCUUAUGUUGUGGUAAUUGGUCUUGGGGGAGUUGGAAGCCAUGCUGCAUCUAUGCUUUUGAGGUCUGGUGUUGGCAAGCUUCUACUUGUCGAUUUUGAUCAGGUCUCAGUUUCAUCAUUGAAUAGACAUGCUGUUGCAACUAGAGAGGAUGUUGGUAUCCCGAAAGCCCUGUGCCUGAAGAAGCAUUUCUCAACUAUUUUCCCGGAGUGCCAUGUAGAUGCAAAAGUUUUACUAUAUGAUUCAUCUUCUGAAGAUGAAAUUCUGUCUGGGAAUCCUGAUUUUGUCCUAGAUUGCAUUGAUAACAUAGAUACAAAGGUUGCUCUUCUUGCUGCUUGUGUAAGGAGGGGUUUAAAAGUUCUGUCUGCAACAGGAGCUGGGGCAAGGGCUGAUCCAACAAGAAUCCGUGUGGCUGACUUAAGGGAAUCAACCAACGAUCCACUCUCUCGUUCGGUCAGACACCGUUUGAGGAAAGAUUACGGCAUUGAUGGUGGUAUUCCUGUAGUUUUCUCAUUGGAGAAACCCAAGGCAAAACUGCUUCCUUUCAAAGGACCAAGUGGAGAAGAAGAAAAUCCUUCAGAUUAUCAAAUUGUUCCAGGUUUUCGAGUUCGAAUCAUUCCAGUCCUUGGAACCAUUCCAGCAAUUUUUGGACAAAUCAUGGCUUCAUAUGUCGUAACUCAACUGGCGGGAAUGCAAGUUCACAUGGAACCAGUUGUUAAUUUUGAUAUGGAUCAUUAUCAUGUCCUCCAUCAGCGGCUUAUUGAGCAUGAGGAGUUGCAAUAUGGUACAGCAAUGCAUGUUGAGGUUGAUGUUGAGGAAGUUAUGUAUGUUGCUAAAGAGUUAUGGCAUUGCCGAAGUGCGAGAGACCAAUUGCCCAAAGAUGGACGUGGAAUGUGGCGUUCGGUCAAUGAGUUGAUGCUUGUCAGAUGGGACAGCACGAAGCCAGCUUCUAUCUCAAAUCUAAUUCUCCUAAAAUUUGCAGAGGCUGAUGAACAUGAAUCAAGGUCACUGGAAGAUAUAAGAGAAAAAGAAGCUGAAUUCUAUGCCAGGCUUCAGGAGGAACAAACUCAUUUGAAUCGGUUCCUGACCUUGAAAAGUCUAUGUACACACAAAUCGAUGGAUUCCCAUGCGUACGGCUUCUCAAUCUUUCAGGGGAAAUCGGCUGUUCAAGUUGAUCCUGGCCGUGGAAAUGUUGUUGCUCCAGUUGUUAGAUUUAAGAAUGCAAAGGAGCUGACUGAACCCGCUUCAGUCUUGGUUUAUCCAGAUGAGUUUGAAAGCUUACUUUCAAGGCGUGUACCUAUUAGGGAAAUAGUAUUGAGUGAUUCAAGUUUUGCUAGAAAUGUGGCUGGGAUUUUGGUUGAAUCUGGAACUCAUGUUCAAAAUAGUUUCAAAGGAUUCUCCCCAGAUGUAAAGUUUCCACAGGCAGAAUUUGCUCCAUACAGAAACAACAAUUUUGAGUGGAACCCGGCUGGAUCUGGAAUCAUGUGGAAGGCUUAUAAUUUUCCCAUCUUUUUGCUCUCUCAGAAUAGCACAUUGACCUUGCAAGAGGUUGCCUUGAAGAAUGAGAAGAACAAAAAAUCUUAUACUAAAGUUGUUUCUGAGUUUGAUUUAGUUAUGCAGACUACAAAAUCUGGUACUCAUAACUCUGACUCUUGUUUGAAAGAAGGAACUUGUCUUCCCUUGGGUGGAUACAGAAUGUUGCCUGGCCUGAUCUUGAUUUUUUACCUCCGUGCCUUUAAUUUUAAGGGCAGUGUCUGGUCAGCACUUCCACCAAUUAAAACUUCGUCUAAACUAAAUGGAAAACCAAUUGUGCUGGUGAUGACAUCUAUGGACUCUGCGUCCUUUUUCCGUGACAAAAGCCUAGGAGCCGAGUCCCCUAUAUCUGGUCUAGUUGCAUUGCUUGCUGUUGUUGAUGCACUAUCACGUCUGGAUGGGUUAGGACAGCUUAAUAAGCAGCUUGUCUUUGUGGUUCUCACUGGAGAAACUUGGGGCUAUCUUGGGAGCCGGAGACUUUUUCUAGAGUUUGAUCAACAAUCAGAGUCCAUGAAAGGCCUCAACCUGGAAAACAUUGGAACGGUAUUGGAAAUUGGGUCAGUGGGAAAGAGCUACCCUCAGGGCAUCAAAACCUUUUUUGCUCAUACUGCUGGGACUACAUCCGCUGUGAAUGGAACAUUAAAUGCACUACAACACGCGAAAGAUUCCUUGGCAUCUGAAAGCAUUUUGGUCAACGCAGCCAGUACAUCAAAUCCUGGGGUACCUCCAUCCUCGUUAAUGACAUUUUUGAGAAAGAAACCACUGAUUUCUGGGCUUGUGUUGGAAGAUUUUGAUUCUGCUUUCAGCAACGAGUUCUACCACAGCCAUUUUGAUGACCUAUCAAAUAUAAACUCCUCAUCCAUCACAGCAGCUGCUUCCCUUGUUGCCCGAACUCUAUAUAUCCUUGCUGGUGGUGAAAAUCCUUCAGCUAUAAAUAACAUAAAGAUCAAUUCUUCUUUAGUUGACGAGCUUAUCAGCUGCCUAUUGAAUUGUGAUCCCGGGCUAUCAUGUGAACUCGUGAAGCACUACAUUUCACCCUCAACAGCUUGCCCGAGCCAUUAUGUGGGUGUCAUAUUGGGAAAACCAUCAUCUACGCCUUAUCCUCCCUAUGUCGGCGAUGUUUCGAGGUUCGUGUGGAACUUUUUAGCUGAUAAGACUUCAAUACCAUCUAAAAAUGUAAGCUCCUCAUGCCCAAAGGAUUGCCAUGAUGUUGAUGAAUUGUGCAUUAGAGAAGAGGCUGAUGGAAAAGGAGUUUGUGUUAUCUCGACAACCAGGUAUGUCCCUGCAUAUUCGACCCGUUUGAAGUACGACGAUUCAGUCGAAAGCUGGACAGUGCAACCCAUUAAUUCCUCGGAUACUAUGGCCACUGAGGAUCCCAUUUGGACUGAAAGCAAUUGGGAUACAAUCAAUCUCCGGGUUUACACGGUCCAAACCUCUACCUAUGACAACCUAAUUUUAUUAUUGGGUAUUAUCAUUACCUUUUUGUCGUACCUCGUUAUAGCAAUAGCAAGAACUGUCAUAAGAAAAGCCUUGAAGCAGGACUGAAGACAUGAUUUCCCGCUAGUAAUCUUGAAAUCGCCUCUAUGCAAUCUAAUAUGAACAUUGCAUGGGAAAUUUUUAGUAAUUUACCAAUUUUUUGACUUGUUAACUGGAAGUGAAAGAAAAUAGUAUUGAUUAACAGAGGUCAGAAGUGAUUUGGGUGUGUAGAAUUCUUCGAGCUGUGUCUUUGUUUUAAGACUUGAUUGGAAAUUGGUAAUUGUUGUGUUAAGAGUAAUAUUGGAAUAUUAGAAAUUGGUGAUGUAUAUUUAAUGUGUAUUCAGUGCCUGGAUGAGAGCAGUUGUAGAAUUAAGGUCUCGUUGAGUCUUACGAUAUGCACUUUGCUUUUUAAGCUUGAAUUUUCAAUAAUGUCUGAAAAAAAAAAAUAUUGAAGGCCUAAAACA